AAAAAAAAAAAAAAAGCAGCAGCCAGUCCACCAAAACCUGGAGUUGCGCCUUCAUCACACAGCUUUUUUCCUCUUCUUACAUGUACUAUCUCUGAAUGGAGUACGGCUGUAUGUGUAGGUGUAGCUCAGUUUGACUUUAAAUUCAAAAAAAAACAACAAAGACUCGUUUCGUUCUUCUGGUUGGCAGAUUUAUUUUUUUAAAACCACCUUUUCGAGGACGAGGAGAGAAAAAAAAAAAAUUUCGGCGAACCAUUUUUUGUUGUAAACUUAAAUUUGAUAUAGGUUGUAAUUACAUCGUGUCCACUCGUUCGCCAACCGUCAAACGGCCGUUAUUAACGGUCUUUUAACCGUUAAAGCCUAGCUUUUUUUUUUUUCACUUCUUUCUGGACCAGCGACUUUUCAGUUGCUGAACACUAAAAACAGAAAAAACGGAUUCAGCACUGAGGUAGCAGAGGAGGAGGAAACUUCCCCCCCUAAAAAAAAAAAAAAACUAAAAACUAAAAAAACAUAAAAAACCUCAAACGACAUGGAGUCGACCAAAGCUGGAGGCGUAAUAGCCUACAUCAGCUCAUCCAGCUCCGGCUCUAGCCCGGAGUCGUGCCACAGCGACUCCUCCAACGGCAGCUACCAGUCAUCCUCCCCGCCGCACGGCUCCUCGCCCAGCCGCCACCAGCUGGGUCAGCCGGCUGACCCCACGAUCCCCGCCGGCGGGCAAAACCUUCCAGGGACGCAGAAAAGCGGACGCUCGUCCUCCACCGCCAAAUGUGGCAUCACAAAAAUCAACGGCCUGGUGCUGCUGUGUAAGGUGUGCGGCGACGUGGCCUCCGGUUUCCACUACGGCGUCCACGCCUGCGAGGGCUGCAAGGGCUUCUUCAGGAGGAGCAUCCAGCAGAACAUCCAGUAUAAGAAGUGCCUUAAGAACGAGAGCUGCCCCAUCAUGAGGAUCAACAGGAACCGCUGCCAGCAGUGCCGCUUCAAGAAAUGCCUGAUGGUGGGCAUGUCCAGAGACUCCGUGCGUUUUGGCCGUAUCCCUAAGCGGGAGAAACAGCGCAUGCUGCUGGAGAUGCAGAGUGCCAUGAACAACAUGAUGAACAACAGCCAGCUGCACAGCCAGCUGCACAGCAGCCAGACGCUACCUAUCGGCAAACCGCUGCCAGCCAGUGCCACAGAACUUACCUCCGACGACACGGGCCCCGCCCCCUCCUGCUCACCGUCCAGCCAAUCGGACUCCAGCUCCGACCCAGAACCCACCGUGGCCAUGGACACCAGCCCCAGCUCGGCCUCGCCAAGCGCGUCCGACAGCGGGGAGGAGGAGGUGAUCGGCUCCGUGACCAGGGCCCACCAGGAGACCUUCAUGUAUAACCAGGAGCAGAGCAACCUGACGGCCGAGGCCCAGCCCCCCACAGGUGCCCUGAGCGGCGGCUCUGCCAAAAACGCCACGAACCACAGGAUGGAGGAGCGGCAGGAAGUCUGGAACCACCACAACAACAUGGUCACCAUGGAAGCACAAGAUCCCCCCUCCAGCGUGGGGCCCCAGAAUCAGGAGGACAACACCACCACCAACAACAACAACCACUGCCCCUUCAGACUGCCCAGGAGUGCCGCCAGCAGCCACUGUCCAGCCUACUCGCACGGAGCCUUCAGAGCUCCGCCCACAGAGGGCCCCGUCAACGGAGCCUACAGCGGACCCCUGUGGAGAGGAGGCAACCGAAUGUAUCUGGUCUGUCCAAUGAACACGUCUGCUCACGUGGACCCUCAGAAGUCUGGCCACGAGGUGUGGGAGGAGUUCUCUCACAGCUUCACCCCCGCCGUCAGGGAGGUGGUGGAGUUUGCCAAGAAGAUCCCAGGCUUCAGAGACCUGUCCCAGCCUGACCAGGUCAGCCUGCUGAAGGCUGGCACCUUCGAGGUGCUGGUGGUCCGCUUCGCUUCUCUCUUCGACGUGAAGGACCGCACUGUCACCUUUCUGGGUGGGAAGAAAUAUAGCGUGGACACCCUGAAGGCCAUGGGAGCUGGGGACCUCCUCAACUCCAUGUUUGACUUCAGCGAGAAGCUCAUCAACCUGGGCCUCAGCGAGGAGGAGAUGAGCCUCUUCACCGCCGUGGUUCUGGUCUCAGCAGAUCGCUCGGGCAUCGAGAACGUGAACUCGGUGGAGGCCCUGCAGGAGACGCUGAUCCGCGCCCUGCGGAGCCUCAUCACCAAGAACCACCCCAACGAGUCGGCCAUCUUCACCAAGCUGCUGCUCAAACUGCCCGACCUGCGCUCGCUCAACAACAUGCACUCCGAGCAGCUGCUGGCCUUCAAGGUCCAUUCCUGAAGUUUCCUUCGAGUACUUGACACACAUACCCCCCCCCCGACACAAACUGUAAAAACCGCCUGUGACGGGGGACCGCGAGGCCACACCUCACCUCCCGAACCCCUAAACCACACCUGCACCUCUACACUUCUCCCAUGAGGCUUUGGGCUGCGUUCCUUAAGUCUUUUAAAUUGAACUUCAAGCUCAAACCUGACAUUUAAAGGGGGAAGAAGACCAUAAAAUGUUCUUGUACUGUACUGUAGGGCGUAACUGCCUGUGUGAUGGUAAUGCAUACAGACACACUGAUUGAUGUAUAUGUUUCUUGUGUUUGUGUGUAGCAUACUGUAUGUUUGCAACUGUACAGAUGUUAGAAGCACUUUUCUGUAUAGUGUAGACUGGUAUUUUUGCAUUCAUAGUGCAAUAUGUGACUGCUUUUUGAUUUGAGCUGUAUAGUGAGGAGUCGAGAAACUUGUGUAUACUUUUAAACGGCACAAUUUGAAUAGGUGCUGCGAUUGUGUGAUGAAAAAGGGGGCGGAGAUGUACACUUAAAAGAUUAAAAAAAAAACAA